AUGGUGACAAUGACGAAGAAGAUGGUGAUGGCGAUGAUGGAUGUGUUGGCUGGGAGCGUGCUUGCACUCGCAGAGGACGGAGCUUACACUCGCAAAGACUAUUUUCAAUCUCUAUGUGAUACUGUGGACGGUGGUAAAGACUUCUAUUUGCUUGGUUCUAAUUUUGAGAGCUAUUUAGAGGCUCAGGCUGCUGCUGAUAAAGCAUUUGCGGAUCCAAAUAAGUGGACUAAGAUGAGCAUCCUUAGCACAACUGAGUCGGGGAGAUUUAGCAAUGACAGAACAAUCCGAGACUAUGCGGAGAAGACUUGGGGAAUUGAACCAUGCAGAUUCCCUUAUGAUGGCUAG